UUCCCUCACAAAACCAUUGCUAUAUAAUAAUUAUUACACUACUACCUUUCGUUUUUGCCUUUUUAUCUUUUCCCUUGUCACCUCUUGUGUGUAUUUUUGUGCGUAUCCAGUCAGUGGUAGUAACUGCUAUACCUCCUAGCUGCAACUGGAAGGAGGAUUUCUGAUGGCCUUUACUCUGCAAUCCUGCCUGCCUUCCUUUCUUGCUUCUCCCUUAUCUCACUCUUAAAGAACUCGCAGCUAAAAAGGAGUUUCCUUGGACUAUUCUUUGCUCGCCUAGAGGAAAAGUUCCAAAUUGAUUGCACUGUGACGUUGGUCCGUUGAGAAGUCUAAAAGCAAACUCAAUUUUGUGCCCAAUUUGGAGAAAUGUCUCAACUUGGACAUGUUUCUGCACUAAGCCUGACCAGGCAAACUAGUGUGAUUAAUGUUCGGAGCCCUCAUUCUGCUUGGAAGUGUGGCCUUUGUUUUGGUUCUGGGCAAAUGACCUCACUUUCAUUUGGAGGUGGUGAUUCUAUGGGAGAUAAAUUGAAAGUUCAAGUUGCAAAUUCGGUUGUCAUGAGAUCAAGGGCGGAGGAUGCAGGCCCUUUAAAGGUAGCUUGUGUUGACUAUCCAAGGCCAGAGCUUGAAAAUGCCGUCAACUAUUUGGAAGCUGCUUAUUUAUCAUCAACAUUCCGUACUUCUCCUCAUCCAAAUAAACCAUUAGAGGUGGUGAUCGCCGGUGCAGGUUUGGCUGGUUUGUCUACUGCAAAGUAUUUGGCCGAUGCAGGUCAUAAACCUAUUGUGUUGGAAGCUAGGGAUGUUCUGGGAGGAAAGGUUGCUGCAUGGAAAGAUGAUGAUGGAGACUGGUAUGAGACUGGCCUGCAUGUAUUCUUUGGGGCUUACCCAAAUAUGCAGAACCUGUUUGGAGAACUAGGAAUUAAUGAUCGAUUGCAGUGGAAGGAGCAUUCAAUGAUAUUUGCAAUGCCAAAUAAGCCUGGAGAGUUCAGUCGAUUUGAUUUUCCUGAGGUGCUACCAGCACCAUUAAAUGGAAUAUGGGCCAUCUUGAAGAAUAAUGACAUGCUUACUUGGCCAGAGAAAGUCAGAUUUGCAAUUGGACUCUUGCCAGCAAUUCUGGGUGGACAGUCUUAUGUUGAGGCACAAGAUGGUAUAACUGUCAAAGACUGGAUGAGAAAGCAAGGCAUACCAGAUCGGGUGACUGAUGAAGUAUUCUUUGCCAUGUCAAAGGCACUGAACUUCAUAAAUCCAGAUGAACUUUCAAUGCAGUGCAUUUUAAUAGCUUUGAACCGAUUUCUUCAGGAGAAGCAUGGAUCCAAAAUGGCAUUUUUAGAUGGUAACCCUCCAGAGAGACUUUGCAUGCCGAUUGUUGAGCACAUUGAGUCACGCGGAGGCAGAGUACACCUUAACUCAAGAAUUCAGAAAAUUGAGCUCAAUGAUGACGGAAGUGUUGAAAACUUCUUGCUGAAUAAUGGAACUGUGAUUAGAGGAGAUGCUUAUGUAUUUGCCACUCCAGUUGAUAUCCUGAAGCUUCUUUUGCCUGAGGAUUGGAAAGAGAUGCCAUACUUCAGAAAGUUGGAGCAAUUAGUUGGAGUUCCUGUUAUAAAUGUGCACAUAUGGUUUGACAGGAAGCUCAGGAACACAUAUGAUCAUCUUCUUUUUAGCAGAAGUCCACUUCUUAGUGUGUAUGCUGACAUGUCUGUGACGUGUAAGGAAUAUUACAGUCCAAACCAAUCAAUGUUGGAGCUAGUUUUUGCACCUGCUGAAGAAUGGAUAUCACAAAGUGAUGAGGAAAUUAUUGAUGCUACAAUGAAGGAACUUGCAAAAUUAUUUCCUGAUGAAAUUGCUGCUGAUCAGAGCAAAGCAAAACUCUUGAAAUACCAUAUUGUAAAAACUCCAAGGUCAGUUUAUAAAACUGUGCCCGGAACUGAACCCUCUCGUCCGUUGCAAAGAUCUCCAGUUCAAGGGUUCUAUUUAGCUGGUGACUAUACAAAACAGAAGUAUUUGGCUUCAAUGGAAGGUGCCGUUCUUUCAGGAAAGCUUUGUGCACAAGCAAUUGUACAGGAUAGUGAGUUGCUUCUUGCCCGCAUUGAGAAGAGGGUACCCGAGGCAAGCACUGCCUGACAACUACAAAAGCUGAUAAUUGGGGCGAUAUUCGACCAGUAUACUGGGAACAGUGGAUAGGUGACUGGGGCAGGCUGAUAAUAUAUCACAAAUUAGAUUCAUCAACCCUGUGCGAAUGCACAGGCCAUUGUCUUUAUUUGGAAGCGGUGUCACGUCAUAAAAUAAAACAAGUCAUUCUUAUAUUUUUCUCUCUAUAAAUACAACUUUUGCAUCUUUA